CUUCUCGCCAAAUUCGAUUCGAUCUCACCGACUGCAUCAAGGAUUAUUCCGAGGAAGAAGAAGGCGAAUUAAGAGGAAGAGAAAAUGUCUUCGCUUGCAGCAGCUAGAGCGGACAAUUUUUACUACCCUCCAGAAUGGGACCCGAGUCAGGGCUCUUUGAACAAGUUUCAUGGGCAACAUGCUCUGAGAGAGAGAGCAAGGAAAAUAGAUCAAGGCAUUUUGAUUAUAAGGUUCGAAAUGCCUUUCCAUAUAUGGUGUGGUGGAUGCAAUUCUAUGAUUGCAAAGGGUGUUCGCUUUAAUGCUGAAAAAAAGCAAGUGGGAAAUUAUUAUUCUACAAAGAUAUGGAGCUUUACCAUGAAAUCUCCAUGCUGCAAACAAGAGAUUGUUAUUCAGACAGAUCCAAAGAAUUGUGAGUAUGUGAUUAUUAGUGGUGCUCAGAAGAAAGUUGAAGAGUUUGAUGUGGAGGAUGCAGAGACAUUGGAACUCCCUGCAGAUGAAGAAAGAGGUAAACUCGCAGAUCCAUUUUACCGUCUUGAACACCAGGAAGAGGAUUUGCAGAAGAAGAAAGAGGCUGAACCAGUACUAGUGCGCCUCCAGCGAGUGUCUGAUGCCAGACAUUCAGAUGACUAUGCCCUCAACAAGGCACUUCGUGCCAAGCUUAGAGGUCAAAAGAAGAGGGUUGCUGAAGAGGAAGCUGGUUGCAGAAAGAUGGGCCUUGGCAUUCGACUCCUUCCUGCAACUGAAGAAGAUGCUGCUGCUGCAUCACAUGUUAAGUUCUCUUCCAAAUUUGACAGAAACAGGAAAGACAAGCGAGCCAUGAUUAAAUCUGCUUCAAUUUUUUCUGAUGCGACUGGGUCUUCCAUGUCAAAUAAGAAACGAUUGGAGCUAGAAUCCAAGAGAAGGAAAAUCCGUGCAGCUGCAGCAUCCAACUUGCUGGCAGGUGGGUUCAAGCCAUCAUCAUGGUCACAAAGUACUGCAUCUAAGGGUGCUUCUGUUGCAGCAAGAAAGAUUUAGGGUGUCUAAGGAGGAUGUAUUACGGUUCCAUUUAUGUGAAGCAUAUCAUAAAUGUCUGUAACUACUGCUUGGUUUCUUCCUUCCCUAUCCCUCUUGUGAUCACACGAGAUUUUGUAAAACUAAAUGAAAUGCAUGGCUGCCAUGUCUGGAAUAUAUGUGGACAAUGCUA